GUAGGGGUAAAAGUCACGGGGAAGGAGGAGCUGAGAGGCGUGCUGGUCAUAGUGAAGCAGCGGUGUAGCGCACUUGAAGAGGAGUGGAAUAAGGCGAGAUGAGCCCAACCAGGUUAGCUCUCGGGUCGUUCCUCCUUCCACAACCCUCACAUGCGUUAGCCCCUUAAACGUGAUUGUCCAACCCUCAAAAAAGAGACUGAUAUUGGAUUUGCGGCAUGUCAACUCAUUCCUCUCAGUACCUCGUUUUCGAUACGAAGGACUUACUCGCGUUCCUGAUUUGGUGCAAGAAGGCGAUUGGCUAUUCACGAUCGAUCUCAAAUCUGGAUACCACCACGUCGACAUUCACCCCGCUUUCUGGCAGUUUCUCGGAUUCUCCUUGCAAGGGCAGGACUACCAAUUCCUCUCUUUGCCUUUCGGGCUGGCUACAGCGCCGUUUGUGUUUACCCAGUUAAUUAAGCAACUCGGCAAACGCUGGCGUAGCCGUGGCAUCCGCCUUAUUCCAUACGUCGAUGAUAUCCUAUUCAUCAGUGCCACUCGAGCGGAGGCUCUUCACAACCGCUCCAUAAUCAUUGCCGACCUCGCAGCCGCGGGCUUUGUUGUGAAUUUCAAAAAAUCACAACUCGCACCGCCACAAUCUUUGAAGUUCUUGGGCCUCUUGCUGGACACGCGCACCACCACUUUCUCGGCUGUGGGCUAUGGCAACGUGGACACCGAUUCCUACACGGGCCUGGAACUUGAGCCAGUAUUGCGGAGACCUGCUCGUGUUUCAAUGUUUUCUGUUGAAGAGGCACCACACCACACUGUAGCAGCUGAAGCUAGCACACUACGAUUGGAUGCGGUGGCAAAGGAGGCUCUCACAUCCCUGAAAGCAGCAGCAGAGGCGGUGGAGGUGUUUGGGGAGAAGCUGGAGCUGCUGAGGCUGGACCUGGACGAACUCAGUGGGGGCAAGUUCGGAGGCGAGGCUGUGGGUAAGAUCCCGGAGGACAUGAAGGCGGCCCUCACCUCUGCUCUGAAGCGCUAUUCGGCGUAUCUGGGCGCUUUCAAAGAGGAGGAGGGGUGGCUGCAGCGCAAGGUGAAGGAGGAGCUGGGCGGCGCACUGAUCACCGUGAAGCAGCGGUGCAGCGGACUUGAAGAGGAGUGGAACCAGAUUAGUCUGCUGGGCACAUCGGGCCUCUCUGGAUCGUACAUUGAGCAACGAGGACACUGAUUCCUACACAGGCCUGGAACUUGAGGCACAGAGGCGGUGGAGGUGUUUGGGGAGAAGCUGGAGCUGCUGAGGCUGGACCUGGACGAACUCAGUGGGGGCAAGUUUGGCGGAGAGAUUAGUCUGCUGGGCACAUCGGGCCUCUCUGGAUCGUACAUUGAGCAACGGGGACACUGAUUCCUACA